CCUCGAUUAUCCAGCCUGCUCGACGUGCGGUUGCUGCGCAGCGUGUGAAGACAGAAGCGUCCGACUGGGAUCGGAGGGAGGCUGGAGGAGCUCAGAUUAGAGUUGUUGUGGCAGGAAAAAAAAAAAACAGCCUCAAUCCAGCUCCACGCGCUGCAGCCUCUGGAUUACAGCCGCCGCAGCCUCCUCUCGCCGGAGACGCAGCGCUGCGCACAGAGGAUCCUCCGACCAGGACCCCCCCACGCUGCUGGAAGUUUGUCCGCGGAGUUUCCAGGAGUAGUUUCGGGUGGGUUUUGACAGAGCUAGCCCCCGCUGCCCGCCCUGCUCGUCCCUCAGAGCCCCGCUGUCCCGCUCCGGUGAACCAUGGCGCUCAGAGCCCGGGCGCUGUACGACUUCAACUCGGAGAACCCCGGAGAGGUGUCGGUGAAGGAGAACGAGGUGCUCACUCUGUACAGCGAGCAGGACAUCGAGGGCUGGCUGGAGGGGGUGAACAGCAAAGGGGAGAGGGGACUGUUCCCAGCUUCGUACGUGGAGAUCCUGCGGAGCGACGCCGCCUCCACGUUCAACAACAACAGCUGCAACACAUCUGGGGACACGUACCCGGACUCCCGGUACGCCAACAUCCCAUCCGGAGGGUUUGACGGCUCCCAUAAGCCUAAAGUUGAAAACUUUUCCAAACCGUCUCCUCCUGGUUUCACCACUUUCUCAGCCCCCCUCCAGCAGCAGCAGCAGCAUCCCCCACAGCAGCAGCAUCACUCCUACCAGCAGCCCAGUCCAGGCAGCGAUGACGACUGGGACGAUGACUGGGAUGACAGCUCCACAGUGGCAGAUGAGCCGGGCACUGUGGGAGGAAGGUACAAUGACUUUGAAGGCAACGGGCCCUCCACCUACAGAGUGUCAACAUCCUCCAUGUCACGAGGCAACGCGCAGCAAGCCAAGAGCUCUGCCACAGUCAGCAGGAACCUGAACCGGUUCUCCACCUUCGUCAAGUCAGGAGGGGAGGCGUUUGUCCUCGGGGAGGCGUCCGGAUUCGUGAAAGAUGGAGAUAAGAUCUGCGUGGUGAUGGGUCAGUACGGUCCGGAGUGGCAGGAGAACCCGUAUCCGUUCACCUGCGCCAUCGAUGACCCCACCAAGCAAACCAAGUUCAAGGGCAUGAAAAGCUACAUCUCCUACAAGCUGACCCCCACCCACACGCAGAACCAGGUGAACAGGAGGUACAAGCACUUUGACUGGCUCUACGCCCGGCUGGUGGAGAAGUUCCCCGUCAUCUCAGUGCCCCACAUCCCGGAGAAGCAGGCCACGGGCCGCUUCGAGGAGGACUUCAUCUCCAAGAGGAGGAAAGGCCUCAUCUGGUGGAUGAACCACAUGACCAGCCACCCGGUCCUGGCCCGGUGCGACGUCUUCCAGCACUUCCUCACCUGCAACAGCACCGACGAGAAGGCCUGGAAGCAGGGCAAGAGGAAGGCCGAAAAGGACGAGAUGGUCGGGGCCAACUUCUUCCUCACCAUCAGCACUCCGGCGGCUCCGCUCGACUUCCAGGAGGUGGAGAGCAAAAUAGACGGCUUCAAGACCUUCACCAAGCGGAUGGACGACAGCGCCCUGCAGCUCAACGCCACGGUCAACGAGUUCGCCCGCAAGCAGAUCAGCGGCUUCAAGAAGGAGUAUCAGAAAGUGGGGAUGUCGUUUAAAGUCCUCAGCCAGGCGUUUGAAAUCGACCAGCAGGCGUAUUCUGUAGGACUCAACCAGGCCAUCUCAUUCACCGGGGACGCCUACGAAGCCAUCGGGGAGUAUUUUGCAGAGCAGCCCAGCAAGGACCUGGACCCCAUCAUGGAUUUGUUAGCUCUUUACCAGGGACAUCUGGCGAACUACCCAGACAUCAUCCACGUUCAGAAAGGAGCUCUGACGAAGGUGAAAGAGAGCCACAAGCACGUGGAGGAGGGCAAGAUGGACCGGGCGCAGGCAGAAGGCAUCAACGACCGCUGCAACAUCAUCUCCUGCGCCACGCUGGCCGAGAUCCAGCACUUCCACCAGAUCCGUGUGCGAGACUUCAAGGCGCAGAUGCAGCACUACCUGCAGCAGCAGAUUGCCUUCUUUCAGAAGAUCACGGGCAAGCUGGAGGAGGCUCUGCAGAAGUACGACAACGCGUAACGGAGCGCUCGUCUCAGCCCGUCGGGUUAGACCUUGGUGAUGAAUGGCCGUGCACCUCCUUCGGUCAGCCAGCGGCGUUUUGGCAAACACCAGCCGGCGCCACACGCUGCUGAGUGCUGCUCAUCCAGCGGGGAGGGGCGUUCAAGGAGAUUCUGCUCCCGUAAUAAUGAAAUUUCAACCAAAUUAAGGUUUCCGUGUGUGUCGGCCGCGUUCUUUGGGCACCGGAUGUCCUUUCUUUAAGAGAUGAUGAAGUCAGGCCAGCUUUUUUUACUACAAACAAAGGUCUAAUUUAUUAGAAUCCACGAUGGCGAUGACGGCGCACCACUUGGUCCGGUGCAUGGGUGAAUUAAAUCUAAUCAGUGUAACGAGCUGCAGAGCGUGAACCUGCUAUUCCCCGCUGCCUGCACGUCUGGUGCGAGAUUUUCUAUAUCAAGUGUUUUUAGCCUUACGACACUGUUUUUAACCGACUGCUGAAGUGACGACGCUCUCGUGGCCAACGACACACUGCCUUCUGGAAACACUCGAGCCCCGGAUCCCAGUAUGUUUCCUCUCGGGGCAAACAGGACGAAAUGUUUACAGCCUCCUCGCCGUCACCACCGUCUCGCUGUGCCUUCUGAUCGCGUCUCUCUGGUUGUUUUUGUUACUAAAAAGCUUUAUAUACUGUUUAUGUAGAAGUAUAUUGUAUUUGUUUUUACCAAGCUACAGAAGAAAAAGAAUCACUUUGGAUGAGGGCAGCGUCUUCUAUGGGAUAUUACUCGAUUGUGCUGUUUCUACGCCGGUGUGACGACAUCAGGAUCGAGGACUUGGACGGUUCGGAUCUCGACUUUACCUUCGGCACAGUGAACACCGGCUGCUGAUUGAAGCAUGCAGAAUUGAACUUGCUAUGUGGGAUAACCUGAAUUUAGACCACGAUAAAUGUUGGCUUAGUUGUGGGGGGGGGUAGCGCUGAGAGGCAGGCCGGGUUCGGGUUAGAGGGAUCCUGGCCUGGUUUAACACUGCGGUCCUUCUGAUAGCACACUCCUAGACAGUUGGGUUCUACUGAUGUUCUUAACCUUUGUGACGCCGGCUGCGUCGUGGAGAGAUUAAUGUAGAAGCAAAAUAAACUUCCUCCUUCAGAGAAAGAC